UGACUUUGAGAGCAGGACGUGUCGCACUGCCUGUUCGGUUUUUACAGCAGCGGUUUCGAGAUUUUGGUUGGUUAUCGAUUGGUGAUUAUCGAAUAAAACUUUUUGAGCAGAGGUAGUUGUUCUAUUAUACCGUUAAGUUGCUAACUAAGCUCUAAAGAAGAAAAUGUUUGCUUUUCGCAAUGGAAGCAAGCUCGCUGGCAUUGCUCUUCGCAAUUUUUCCACCUCGCAGCGAAACAAUGUUAAGGUCGCUGUCCUCGGAGCAUCUGGUGGUAUCGGCCAGCCCCUUUCACUGCUACUGAAACAGCAUCCCGGCAUCAGCUAUUUGAGCCUCUACGAUAUUGCUCACACCCCCGGUGUGGCCGCUGAUCUCAGCCACAUUAACACCGGCUCGAAGGUCAAGGGUUUCGUUGGAAAUGACCAACUAAAGGCUGCUCUUGAAGGUAUCGAAAUCGUCGUAAUCCCCGCCGGCGUUCCCCGCAAGCCUGGUAUGACCCGUGACGAUCUGUUCAACACAAACGCUAGCAUCGUACGCGACCUGGCUGACGCCUGCGCUCAAACGUGUCCCAAAGCGAUGCUCGCCAUUAUCUCAAACCCUGUCAACUCGACAGUGCCAAUAGCCUCGGAAACGUUCAAAAAGCGGGGUGUGUAUGACCCCAAGCGCAUCUUCGGUGUGACCACAUUGGACGUUGUGCGUGCUAACACAUUUAUCGCCGAAGCCAAGGGACUGGAUCCCGUCUCAAUGUCUGUGCCCGUCGUUGGCGGUCACGCCGGUAUUACGAUCAUCCCGUUGGUUUCACAGGCGUCCCCCAAGGUCGACUUUCCGCAGGACCAGCUUGAGAAGCUAACGAAGCGCAUCCAAGAGGCGGGAACUGAGGUCGUCCAAGCUAAGGCGGGAGCCGGCAGUGCUACCUUAUCCAUGGCGUUCGCCGGUGCCCGAUUCGUGUUUAGCCUUGUGUCGGCGAUUCAGGGAAAAACAAACAUCGUCGAAUGCGCGUACGUAAAGUCUGACAUUGGCGAUGCUGGCUUUUUUUCCACCCCGCUACUUCUCGGCAAGAACGGCAUGGAGAAGAACCUUGGCCUUGGCAAAUUGUCGAAAUUCGAAGAGAAAAUGGUUACCGACGCUAUGGAUGAGCUCAAAAAGUCAGUCAAAAAGGGCAUCGAUUUCGCCAACAAAUAAAUUCAAAAAUUUUUAGUGGAACGUAUUGAAAGCGAAGCAGCUCCAAUGGCAGCAACCAUUGUAGUAACAACAAUACGAGUGAGGAUGUACCCACCAUUGCCGUCAAAAAGGAGGAUUGAAACAAUAACUUCUACGAUAUUAUGCAAGACUUUAGGAUGCCUGUUUAUCGCGCCGCUGUUGGGUCUGCAAUGUUGGUUGUAACGGAUCUUAAACUGAAAAAUUCCCAUGGGAUACAUAAAUAGUUACUAAGUCCUGGCAGUACAAUGUAACCUUUAAGGCGACGUCAAACAAAAGGGAAAAGACCGGACAAAUUAAGCAAACUGUAUACGGUUUACAUCGAGGGGCGUGUGAUGAGUUAAUAUUAUUAGUAUUAUUGUUAUGAUAAUUUUUAUGUAGAAAAAAAGGACAUUGCAUAUAAACGUGAAUCUUGUUGACUGAAUGACAGCCAAGUACUAUACAAGUGUAAACACAUAGCCAAAGUCCGGCAACGUAACGCAAAUCAUCAUGAACUUUUUCGAUUUUUGAAUACACCGUUUUUCGAGUCCAAUGAUUAAACGUAGGAGAAUCAAGAUCUCGCCAAUAGAUCAAUGACGAAUUCGAUGAAUGCCGUGUGAAAAGUGACAGAUAGUUAGCAAAACUUGAUAUUUUUAAGGUUAAAAUUAGGUAAAAAAAAAUGUAUAUCAUUAAAAAGAGUAAUAAAA